AUGGCAGUGCUUGCGGAUAUAUUACCGGUAGUGUCGAGGAGCUCAGCUCUCGCGCUGAAGCUAUACGGCGUUGCUGUGGAGUCGCCUGAGGCCGCGAAAGACCUAGUUGCCGUCGCAAACAAAACAAACGGUUUCGCUGCAAUACUCAAGCAGCUAGGGACCAUCAUCAAAGAGGACGAUCGUUUGCCGUCACCUGAGGCCAUCAAUACCCUGGACGAUGCCAUCGAUCAGGCUCAGAACUUGCUUACCAGCGUCGAGAUGACUACCUCGAUCGAGAACGACAAGUUCCAUGACCGAAGAGACAGUGUUCGCUCUACUCAACACAGCCAUCCCCGUUUAGAUCAUUCGACCAAGGCAAGCUUAGACUAUUUCACAGCUCACCUGGAAGCCCUGAGUAUGACGCUCUCUGUUCUACUGCAGACGUUGUAUGCAGCACAGACUAUAAUGUGGUCAAACUCUAUCUUCUACUUGAGGUUACGUCCCACGGUAUCUCCGCAACAAGCCGCUAAACUUGUUGACAACGAAAAGAUUCAACUCGAGGCACUCAUUGUUCAACAACAACUAUCCAUCUUAUCAGCUUCAAACUUCUACGAACAAUCGCCACGGUCUGAUGCGCGCUUAUUGAUGGAGGCAGACAGUUCCCAGAGCUUAGUUGUCACAGAGCAUGGCGAAAGCCCUAGGCCGACCAGCCUUCGAUCUUAUCAGGAUGAGGACAUGAGAAGCCUCGACACGUCGGUAUACACCGAAGCGAAUGGUCUACCUGCGGUCUUCAAUAUAUCGGCUUCGCGCGCCGAGCACUUGCUACAACAAUGGACGAGUCUGCCUCUAUUUGAGCGCCGCUUACGAGACGAAGAACGUGAACUACAAAGGCAGAGACAAGAGUAUCAACAAGCUACUGUAGAGUCAGAUAGCGAAGAAGAGCAGAGCCGCACAUCAAAGCUUUCAGGUGAUGGCGCUCGGCGAACCCAAAGGUCGGGCAGCAUACAGCCGCUGUUCACUGAGGCCAGCAGCCUGUCCAGUCCACACCCGGAGAAGCAUUACGGUCCGCCUGCACCGCCAACACCGAUCGCUACACCUCGUACAUCACAAGCGAGCAUGCCUGCUACAAAUGAACAGCAAACAGCUGCUUCGCCCCGAUCCAGUCUAGGGAGUCUCCCCAUCGAGGCUACCGCCGCGGUAGAAGCGAAAGAGGAAGACAGUGAAGUCGAUCUAGAAAUACCCUGGAAGUUGUGUGCGCGCAAAUACUACUGGCGCUUUGUCGAUGCCAAGCAAGUCAGCUCGAAUACUGAUCAAGCGUAUUCACUUGCCUAUUUGGAACGUAGCAGUUGGACCGAGAUCAUGGCUAGUUGGGUGUGCAAGGAAGCAAUCCGAGAGGCAGGUUUCAGGUUUACACAAUAUCAAAAGGAGCGAAGGGAUAGUAGGAGAACGAGAGGGGAGACAUGCUUCUGCAUCGAACGUCCAUUGCAGUUUGACCAAGUCAAACGUCUUGUUGAACGUACCGUUGACAUCUACCGGAAAGCAGCACCACAGACUCCACCCCAACAACCACAAGCCAGGAGAUCAUCUUUCCAUCGUGCCCCACCGCCACCUACUGCUCUCAAAGGAAGCGCAUUCGACCGCGACAGGACACCAGUGCCGCGAAACACACAUCCCCCGCUUGAUCGCACGAACACGAUGCACUACGCACCGCCGCCUGGGCCACCCCCACUAGACCGAUCACUCUCAAUGCCUGGACCGGGACUCGUCCCACCGCCACCCAAGCAAAAGAUCAACACCCGCACUCCAAAUCUCCAGAUACCGGUACCCAGUCAAUAUACCCCUCAACAACCACAACGCCCUCACUCCCCACGAAUCCCACAGUACCCACCUCAAGCCAACGGACACCCAUCCCAGCCGAUGAACGCACCACCAUACUACCCACCCCCGCCAAACACCCCUUUUGCAAACGCACCCGCGCCCCCACAUGCACCAAUCCAAAACCAGAAUUACCCUGUACAAGCCUCGCCUCUCCGCCAAUCCUCCAUGAACCCCAGUUAUGCCGGCAACCGACGCCACGAUGACGACUUUACCACAUCCGAGUCUGAGCUCGAACGCCCAAGACGGCGCAGAUCCAAAUCGAGAAGUAGAGCGUAUGAGAAGGAGAGGGAAAGGGACAAGUAUGGUAAGAAAAGUCACACAGGGAGGAAGGCCGCGGCGGGCGCGUUGCUGGGUGUUGGUGGGUUGACCGCAUUGUUGGAUGGGUUGAGCGGACUGUAG